AUGACAAAGAAGAAAACAGCCAAAAAGAAGUCACUCACAUGUGCAAUAUGCGAAAAGUCUCUGGGCAAAACUAAAAUCAAGCUGCAGUGCCAAAAUUGCACAAAGUGGGCACAUCAAGAGUGCACAGGUGUGCUAAAAAAUUGGUCAUGUGCGGAGUGUAAGGAAGAAGAGUCAUCUUUCGAAGAUGACACAGAUAUUGAAAGUGAAGCUGAAGAUAACUCUGGAAGCCAGUCUGAGGUAAAUACUAAAAAAGAAUGUCCAAAACCUAAGAAAAAAUAUACCUUAGGAGAUAUAAUGAAACAACUGGAAAAAAUAGAGACCAAACACGAUGAACUCCUUAAUAAAUUUCAAGAAAUCCUUUAA